AUGGCCACCAUCCAGUCAGAGACUGACUGUUACGACAUCAUCGAGGUGCUGGGCAAGGGCACCUUCGGGGAGGUGGCCAAGGGCUGGCGGCGAAGCACGGGCGAGAUGGUGGCCAUCAAGAUCCUCAAGAACGAUGCCUACCGCAACCGCAUCAUCAAGAACGAGCUGAAGCUGCUGCGCUGCAUGAGGGGCCUGGACCCCGAGGAGGCCCACGUCAUCCGCUUCCUCGAGUUCUUCCACGACGCCCUCAAGUUCUACCUGGUUUUUGAGCUGCUGGAGCAAAACCUUUUUGAAUUUCAGAAGGAGAACAACUUUGCGCCGCUUCCUGCCCGGCACAUCCGCACGGUCACCCUGCAGGUGCUCAGAGCCCUGGCCCGGCUCAAGGAGCUGGCCAUCAUCCACGCCGAUCUCAAGCCUGAGAACAUCAUGCUGGUGGACCAGACCCGCUGCCCCUUCAGGGUCAAGGUGAUCGACUUUGGCUCAGCCAGCAUUUUCAGCGAGGUGCGCUACGUGAAGGAGCCGUACAUCCAGUCGCGCUUCUAUAGGGCCCCCGAGAUUCUGCUGGGGCUGCCCUUCUGUGAGAAGGUGGACGUGUGGUCACUGGGGUGUGUCAUGGCCGAGCUGCACCUGGGCUGGCCGCUCUACCCUGGCAACAACGAGUAUGACCAGGUGCGCUACAUCUGUGAGACCCAGGGCCUGCCCAAGCCCCACCUGCUGCACGCCGCCCGCAAGGCCCACCACUUCUUCAAGCGCAACCUCCACCCUGAUGCCACCAACCCCUGGCAGCUCAAGUCUUCGGCUGACUACCUGGCUGAGACCAAGGUACGCCCACUGGAGCGCCGCAAGUACAUGCUCAAGUCACUGGACCAGAUUGAGACGGUGAAUGGCAGCGGGGCAGCUGGACGGCUAACCUUCCAGGAUCGGGAGGCGCUGGCCGAGCACGCUGACCUCAAGAGCAUGGUGGAGCUGAUUAAGCGCAUGCUGACCUGGGAGUCGCACGAGCGCAUCAGCCCCAGUGCCGCCCUGCGCCACCCCUUCGUGUCCAUGCAGCAGCUGCGCAGUGCCCACGAGACCACCCGCUACUACCAGCUGUCGCUGCGCAGCUGCCGCCUCUCGCUGCAGGUGGAGGGCAAGCCCCCCGCGCCUGUGGUGGCUGCUUCGGAGGAGGGGCCCCCCUACUACCGCCUGGCUGAGGAGGAGGAGGCCGUGGGUCUCGGCAGCGUGGCGGGCAGUGGGCCCUUCUUCCGUGAGGAGAAGGCACCGGGCAUGCAGAGGGCCAUUGACCAGCUGGAUGACCUGAGCCUGCAGGAGGCGGGCCAUGGGCUGUGGGGCGAGACCCCCAGUGCGCUGGCCCCACUCAAGGCAGCUGUGGCUGGCCUCCGGGUGCCCGACUCGGGCCCCGAGCCCAUCCUGGCCUUCUACGGCAGCCGGCUAGUUGGCCGCCACAAGGCCCGCAAGCCGCCCACAGGCUCCAAGUCCGACUCCAACUUCAGCAACCUCAUCCGGCUGAGCCAGGCCUCGCCCGAGGAGGAGGGGCCCUGCCGGGGCAGCGGCUGGGCAGAGGGAGAGCACCGCGGAGCCUCCGCAAAGCCGCCCACCAUCCCGAAGCGGGACGGGGACGGGCCAGACGUCAAGGACAUGACUAUGGAUGCUGAGAGGCCGAGCCCUGAGCUCUUCGACCCCAGCACCUGUCCUGGAGAAUGGCUUAGUGAGCCAGACUGGGCCCUGGAGGGCAUCAGGGGCCCACGGGCUCAGGGGCUCCCACCCCGCCAUGCCCACCCACAUGGUCCACCCCGGGCCACCAGCUUUCUGCAGCAUGUCGGCGGGCAGCAUUGAUGGUGACCCCACCUACACCCAUCACUGGUGGCUGAGCUAGCUGGGCUGGCAUCCCUUCCUCAGAGCCAUCCCCUGAACCCACAAAUUCUUACAGAAACAGUUAUCCAGAAAUUCCCAUUCCCCCACCCACAGUGCAUGCCUGCACAUACCCCCAAACACAGGAGGGCCUUGGUGUCUGGCCUGUGACCACCUCGAUCAGAGGGGCACAGAGAGGUGGCUGCACCCUGUUGGCCCUGAGCACGUUCUUGGCCCUGCUGUCUCUGCCUAUUUCAAUAAAGAACUGUUCA